AGGCCCGGCGGGCCCGCCCUGCCCGGGGACCCAAGGCGCGGCCGCUGCCCUCGCCGAGCCCGCUAUAAGAGCGGCCGUAGGGGCGCUGGGGACAGGCCAUGUCAUCUGUCAGCAUCGAGUGCGUGGCCAGGGAGGGCUGCAGGAUCGGCGAGUCGCCCGUGUGGGACGAGAAGGAGGGCGCGCUGCUGUUCGUGGACAUCACGGGCAGGAAGGUGUGCCGCUGGAGCCCGGUCACCCGGCAGGCACAGGCCAUUGCCGUGGAUGCUCCUGUGAGCUCCGUGGCUCUCCGGAAGUCUGGGGAUUAUGUCAUCACCCUAGGAACCAGGUUUGCUGCUUUGAAAUGGAAAGAGGGGCUGGUAACCACCAUUACUCAAGUGGACAAGGAUAAAGCAAAUACCCGAUUCAAUGAUGGGAAGGUGGAUCCUGCAGGGAGGUAUUUUGCAGGUACAAUGGCAGAGGAGAUUCGUCCUGCCGUGCUAGAGAGACGCCAGGGCUCUCUGUACACUCUCCUCCCCGACCUCUCAGUGGUGAAACACUUUGACCAGGUGGACAUUUCUAAUGGACUGGACUGGUCGCUGGAUCACAGAACCUUCUUUUACAUUGACAGCUUGUCCUACUCAGUGGAUGCCUUUGAUUAUGACCUCCAAACUGGAAAAAUUGGCAACCGUAGGAGUAUAUACAAACUGGAAAAAGAGGAGAGCAUUCCUGAUGGGAUGUGCAUUGACACAGAAGGCAAACUCUGGGUGGCUUGUUAUGAUGGUGGGAGAGUGAUUCGCCUUGACCCUGAGACAGGAAAAAGACUCCAGACUGUGAAACUUCCCGUAGACAAAACAACUUCCUGCUGUUUUGGAGGAAAGGAUUAUUCAGAAAUGUUUGUGACUUCUGCCAGUGAUGGAAUGGAUAAAGAGUGGCUUUCACGGCAGCCACAGGCUGGUGGGAUUUUCAAGAUAACAGGACUGGGGGUGAAAGGAGUUGCACCAUAUCCAUUUGCAGGUUAAAUACACUCUUCAGAGUGGAUUAGAGAGGGCUGACGUAAGCAAGACAAGUCUGAAAAACUACUGAAAUACAUGGAAUAUUUUAAAACUGAUCUUUUUUCUCCCUUUAAACUUACUUGAAAUAUAUGAUGGUACUUUUUCUGCUGUGCUAAAAAGAUUCUCAUCCUAAUAAGCUAUUGUUGUAAUUCUAUUUUAUGAUUAAAUAAUAUUUUAAUAUA